AUGGCCAACUUCCUCGACUACGACGUCUACGACCUCGAGCUCACGGCGGUCAAGAACAACACUGAGCUGCGGAAGCUCUUCAUCGAGACAACCGGCAAGUCCAUCAUCGUCAUCGAGGACAUCGACUGCUCCGUCGACCUCACUGGCAUGCGCAAGGACAAGAAGGCGGAGAAGAAGGCCGAUGCAGACAGUGACGACAAGCCCAAGCUGCCGACGGAUCCCGACAAGGACGACGGCACGAAGGUGACGCUUUCAGGGCUGCUCAACUUCAUCGAUGGCCUGUGGUCGGCGUGCGGCGGCGAGCGCAUCAUCAUCUUCACAACCAACCAUAAGGACAAACUGGACCCGGCGCUGAUCCGGCGAGGCAGGAUGGAUAGGCACAUCGAGAUGUCCUACUGCCGCUUCCGGGCCUUCAAGGUGCUCGCCAAGAACUACCUCGACGUCAAGGAGCACGAGCUGUUCGGCCAGAUAGCGCAGCUGCUCGAGGAGACAGACAUGUCGCCGGCAGAUGUGGCCGAGAACCUGAUGCCCAUGUCCAAGAAGAAGAAAAGGGACGCCAACGCAUGCUUCGAGGGUCUUGUGGAGGCUCUGAAGCAAGCCAAAGAGGAGGCGGCCGCUAAGGCGCUGGCUGAGGCGGCCAAGGCGAAGGAGAAGGCAGAAGCGGAGGCAAAGGAGGCCAAAGAGAAAGACAAGGCAGCGGCGGAGGCAACAGAAAACAGAGGAGAAGACAAAGGGAAGGACAGCAAGAUGAGCAACGGAGAAAUCAAGGAAGGCGACAAGUGA